GUCCAUUUCGCAAGUGCCUGCCUGGGACAAGGCUGAGGCGCGGCGCGCGCGCAAGGUGCCAGGCGGCCCAUUCAUUUACCUCACGGCGCCUUUCGGAUGGAGGGAGAGCCGUGGAGAGGGGAGGGAGAGCCGUGCGGUGCCUUCCCCUCACCCCCCACGGCAACGAGCCAUAGGAGGGUCUGAGAGAGGGAGCUGGGAUUGGCGUGUGAGGUGACCAGAGAGAGAGAGAGAGAGAGGAGCCAGGACUGGACGGGUCCGGGAGCCAUGAGAGAGAAGACGCGCGCAGAGAGACAGAGUGGGAGUGUGUCUGGGCUCGCGCGGCGGAGAGGAGGAGGAGGCGGAGGCGGAGGAGGGGAACUCCCUUUCCCGGGCGGCGAAUAGGUGUCGGAUGGAGCAGCUGCCGCCUGCCUUCGCCAGCUCGGAGGGUCGUCGUCGCGAGGCGCUGGCAACUGGGCUCCCGAGGAGGAGAGGGGGCUCGGCGGCGCGGCCCACAGGCGGCGAGGGUUUCAAGGGGUAACGGAAACUGGGGCCAAGGCAGGGACAAUAAUCGAGGCUGCUCCGAGCAGGGAGGGAAGCAGGCGGCGGCGGCGGCGAGGAAACGGGCGGCGCUGGUUCUCCAUCAAGCAUCCGGACGCCAAACUUCCUCGAACGCCUCGCAGCCGGGGGAGACCACCAGAUACCUUCGGCUGGACGAGUCGCUAAAUGGGCGGAAAACCGUUUUUACAUGCGCAGCCCCACCGACGGCCGCCAUCCGCCGGCCAACAUCCUCCCAGAACUCAGCUCGCCCUCCUUUGGUCCCAAGCCUAAUUUUUGUACCUUCAGAAGGGUCGAGGUUAUUAUCAUCAUUAUUCCUUUACUCGGUUUAGUGGGAUUUCCCCACCCCCCAAAAAAUAGCUAAAUAAAGCCUGCGAGGAUGAUCUGUCAAGAUUUCUCUCGGUGAUGCACCCUGGAUUUGUUAGGCAGGAAAGAACUUUCUAUCCCACCAACAGCUUCCCACCCAAAGCAUGGAGCCCUAAGAUGGAAUAAAGGAGACGAGAAGAGAGACCCGUUUGCCCUUCAGCGUUUUCCUCCAUCCUGCGUGGAGAGGCUGCUUGUGGGAGAAGCAGGGUCCUCCCGGACAGACACAGGAAGGCAGCCCAGGGUUGGCUGGCUGGGGUGGAGGGUGGGCUUUUCUCUCUGCCCCCCCUCCCUCCAACCUGCACCAUCCAGGCUGAAGCGGAUGCCCGGGAGAGAAGAAUCCGACUCCAUGAUCUGUCCUUUCGCUCUCCCUUUCCUUUUUUCUUCGCGGAGCUAGGGUCCAUGUCUCCGGGGCCAUAAAGGCGCAACCCUCGGGGGUGGGGGGAGAGGCGCUGCUGGAGACGCCGGGAUAGUCCUGUCGGCCACAAGAUUAAAGGGACGGAUCACGUACUGGGGAAGCAAGAGGAAGCAAGACCUGGUCGCCUGGUGGAUGUGGGGAGGAGGGGUGGCGGUUGGGAUGAUCAAGUUGAAAAAUGAUCAGGACUGCUGAGCCACUCCGGAAUUGAUCGCCCAGCCCCUCAUCCACCCCGAUCGCUCCUCCAGCAAAGAAAGGGGGGAGGAGACCCCCCCCAGCAGACACACACGCACGCACCCCAACCACCCCCACCCCUCAGCCCUCUCUAGGGUGUGAUUGUCGCGGGACCUCCUCCUCCUGGUUGCAUCUUCCUCCUCCAUGAGCCCGGGGUGAACAGGUGCCCCGGUCCGCUUUGGGGGUGUGUGUCUCGUCCGGGGACGAUGGAGAGCGGCGACCGGGACAUGUACCGCCAGUUCCAGGACUGGUGCCUCCGGACUUACGGGGACUCGGGCAAAACCAAGACGGUGACCCGCAAGAAAUACGAGCGGAUUGUCCAGCUGCUGAACGGCUCCGAGAGCAGCUCCACGGAUAACGCCAAAUUCAAAUUCUGGGUCAAAUCCAAAGGCUUCCAGCUCGGCCAUCCGGACGAGGUCAGCGGGGCUGGCGCUGGUGGCGGCGGCGGCGGAGGGAAGCAAGUGCUCUACGUGCCGGUCAAGACCACGGUGAGUCGAGAAAUUGCCUGCCUUGUUUGGGAGCCGCACCGGGGAGGGAGAGUGGCGAGCAGCAGCAGCUGCUGCCGCCCCAUCGCGGCCACCCGUGGGCUCCGGCUGCUCGCCUCCCUCCGCCCCCUCCUCCUCCCCCCGCCCCCCAAUCUCCAGCCAGCGCUGCCUUUGCCUGGCACCUUCUGCACGGCUCUGGGCUUUGUGCGCCUCCCUUCCCUUCUUUCCCUGCGCGGCCAGCGCACCAAGCACACCCUGAGCGCGAUCGCCCUCCUGCCUUUCCCUUGCCAUGAUCCCCUUUCUGUCGUCGUUGGGGGGCAGCCUCUUCCCUUCGCCUCCCGGGGCUGAGAGGGGGCGUCGUGGGGGGGGGGCUGCUGGGGGGGGGAGGCAGGUCCUACGCCUCCGCGCUCCCCAUCUGAGACGAGUUCCGAGCGAGAAAGCACCGCGGGUCCUUCUUGGCACAAAGCGGGGCAUCUUGUGUUUUUCCCCUUCAUUGUUAGCCCAUAUCCCUCUGAGCAUCGGGGAGCUGUGCUCGGCUCACUGCAGAAAGCAGAGGGCAGGGGGGAAUCAACAAAAGAGCUGUAGGCUUUUGCACAUGACCAAAUGGGGGAAUUGGUUGGUCUCUUCCCCCCCCCCCGCCCUCCCCGCUUGUUCAAGUCUCACUUGAUGCGAGCCCAGAAGUAUUGUGAGCCUUCCAGAGGUUGGAGGCUGAAAAGCUAGCUGCAGAUCUCACAGCAGAAGUGCUAUUAUGCUGGGUUGUGGUGGUAGUGGUGGCGGCAGGAGCAACAGAAUUUCCUGGUUCAGAAGAUGGGAACUGUUGGUUACAAGUAGGUUUGCAUUCUCCUCUCCUUCCUUUAGUUUUUCUUGAUUUCCAAGCUUUGCCUUUUACUCUGGUUUGUGGAAGUGUGUGCAAUAGCAAAAACCUUACCUUUGGCAUUCGGAGUUGAUGAAACACAUUUUUGUUGUUGGACGAAGAAAAAGUGUCCUGGCUCUCUUUUUUAUUUUUUGACACUGUGAAAGAUUUUGUAGAAUGUAUUUAAGAUGUGGCUGUAGAAUGCUAGGAUUCCAUGUGCUUUUUUAAUCACCAGCAGCAAAAUCAAGAUACAGUAUUUGUAUGCCAGUGGCCAUGGUUAAUGAAAUAAGUAUGAAAUAAUACUAAAAGUAAUGGGAAAUAAUUUAUACAGUGUUUAUUAUUUUAUGGUUUCAGGAUUUCAGCUACCUAUUGGGAUUACUUUGUAAAAGUUUUGUACCUUUGGGACACUCCACCGAGCACUCCUGCAUAAAUCUAUUUAUUUCAAAAGUGGAUUUUAUCCACUAUAAACCUGUAUCCAAACUAUUUAUUAUGGUUCAAGUACCUAAUUCCAUAAAAAUAAAGUAUAACCAAAUUUCAAGAAAAGCUCAACUAAUAUACUUUCGUAUCUAUGCUGAUUAA